AUGGCGUCAGGAGCGGGGGAUGGACUGCUGCAGAAAUGGUUGGAGCAGCAUGCUAGUAUGGCAUCGGCGGGAAGUGCAGAGGAGAAGGCUAGGGAAAUUAGAGCAAAGUUGGGGGCACAUUUGGAAGAAGCAUGGGGAAAAUUGAGUAGUAGGUUGACGAAGGCGGAGUCCAUGGAAAUACUGGGGCUCUGUGGGGACGCUUUGGCGAAAUCUUUCGAAGACGUCGGGGAAGGAAGGAAGGAGAGCAAACAGAGGAAUGAAUAUGUGAAGAAUAUGUGUAAAGGAAUAGUCGAAAUAAGAUAUUUCACUGCUGGGGUAAAGAAGAUAGAUGGGACAGGUAGGGGCACCGAAGUUGAAGCCGGCAUUAAAUCGGAAGAGUGGUAUCCACGUUGUGUUGUUGCCGCUGUCGCCCUUUCCGAAAUCUAUGGUGACCACUGUUACCUGAGGGAAGUUAUUAACUACGUAUCGCAGAAUGUGGAAACGAAAUUGGGGACCCACGAAAGAGGAGGAGCAAAGUUGGAUGAAUGUAAGAACAUUGACCCCACGGCUUUAAUGGUCGGUAAAGCCGUACUGGAAGAUAAAAUAGAAAAAUGGAGAAAGGAAGAAAGGGCGAAGGGAGCGCGCGCAGCAUGGCGAAUAAAGCAACCAUGGACGCAGUGGCCACACGUUUGUACACAUUCGAAGGAUGAACAGGCAUUACGGGAACAGAGACAACAGAAUAGAGGAAGUUUAGCAUCUUUUGUUAAAGUAGGCCCUGGCACCACAUCUGGUCAAACAGUCGACCUUGGUGAUAUAUUAACAAAGGAGGAGUACAACAUUUCGACUGAAACAUUACAGAAAGCACUUUCCAAAGCAAUAGAGAGCGCCAGUAAUAGUG